AUGCGCUUGCAAUCCAAUCCUUCUAACCAUAGCAGCACUCAUGAACUCAAACAGUUUUCUGAUUGGUUACUAGACAUAGGUGAUGGCAAACUUGGCCAACCUAACAAUGUACAUUGCGAAAUCACCAUCCCAGAUGAGUUUCUUAUAAUGGUUUUUGAGGAUCCUAUCCAAGCAAUUGUUGAUGCAAUGUAUCCAGAUUUAUUACAAAACUACAACAAUGCAGAUUUCUUGCAAAAGAGAGCUAUCCUAGCCUCUACAAAAGAUGUUGUUGACAAAAUAAAUGACUAUGUCCUGUCUUUGAUUCCUGGUGACGAGAAAGAGUAUUGUAGUGCUGAUAGUGUUGACAAAUCUGAUGAACUACUCAAUCCUGCUUUUGGAGUACUAACACCUGAGUUUCUUAACACCUUGAAAACAUCAGGGAUACCUAAUCACAAGCUAAGAAUCAAGAUUGGUACUCCCAUCAUACUACUCCAAAAUUUGGACCAGGCAGAUGGUUUAUGCAAUGGAACUCGAUUAAUUGUCACCAAACUUGGAACCAAUGUAGUUGAAGCAGAGGUAAUAGCUGGACCCAAUAUAGGUCAUAGGACAUACAUACCAAGAAUGAAUAUGUCUCCUUCCGAUUCUCCAUGGCCAUUCAAAUUAAUUAGAAGACAGCUUUCAUUCAUCGUUUCAUUUGCAAUGACUAUAAACAAGUCUUAA